UGCCGUUGAAAUAAUUCUAUUUAUUUCGGUUAUAUAGGAAUUUUGCUUGGCACAAAUCCUUCGUUACACAUCAAAACGAUCCCGAUCCAAUUUGGAGUUUCAACUUUCAACACAGAAGAAGACCUCAGCCUUUGCUCCGCUCAUACUACAAUGGCGGAUCGGUUGGGGACCUUCCGCAGAGAGGAAUUCAUAACCUAUGCUUACCUUCUCCUCUACAUCACCCUCUCCAGCGGCCAAAUCUUCUUCAACAAGUGGGUUUUGUCAUCUAAGGAAAUAAACUUCCCUUAUCCUCUUGGAUUGACUCUCCUCCACAUGGUCUUCUCAUCUGUCUUAUGUUUUAUUGUCACCAAAGUUAUCAAGAUUAUGAAGGUUGAGGAAGGUAUGACUACAGAAAUAUAUGUUACUUCUGUUGUGCCAAUUGGUGCAAUGUUUGCAAUGACUCUUUGGCUGGGAAACACUGCAUACAUGUAUAUUUCUGUUUCAUUUGCACAAAUGUUGAAGGCAAUUAUGCCAGUGGCUGUAUUCAUUCUUGGAGUUGCAGCAGGACUUGAGGUAAUGAGCUGCAGAAUGCUAUUUAUUAUGUCAGUGAUAAGUUUUGGUGUUCUUGUGGCUUCUUAUGGAGAAAUAGAUAUAAGUUGGAUUGGAGUAGUUUAUCAAAUGGGUGGCGUUGUUGGCGAAGCGUUAAGACUGAUUUUCAUGGAGAUCCUGGUCAAGAGGAAGGGUCUCAAACUGAACCCAAUAUCUGUUAUGUACUAUGUUAGUCCCUGCAGUGCUCUCUGCCUAUUCAUUCCGUGGAUCUUUCUGGAGAAACCAAAGAUGGAAGCACAUGGAUCUUGGAACUUUCCAAUCCUUGUGCUAACACUCAACUGUCUCUGUACUUUUGCCCUAAACUUAUCUGUUUUCCUCGUGAUUACACAUACAAGUGCUUUAACCAUUCGUGUUGCUGGAGUAGUUAAGGAUUGGGUGGUCGUCUUAUUAUCUGCUCUUCUGUUUGCGGAUACGAAGCUGACAAUAAUAAAUCUGUUUGGUUAUGGCAUUGCCAUUGCAGGUGUAGCAGCAUAUAAUAAUCACAAGUUGAAAAGAGAAGCAUCUCGAGGCAGCUCCAAUGACACUGAACUUUCUCAAUCUAUACUUGGGGCCACACCCUUGGAAACCAGCAAGUAGAUACACGGUAACAACAAUCAAUCAAUCUACUUUUCAAGAUUAAUGUCUGUACAAUUUCCGGUGCCAAUGAGCUUCGAUAUGGGUCCAAUGCACGUCCACCAAUUUUGAAUGCAUACAUGGAUGCAACAAUGGAAAUAGGGAUAGCCAAGACAUUACAUACAAUUUCCGCAAGAUUGAGAUAUCUAAAUGAGUUCUUCUUCCAUCAAGUCAAUAUGUUAAACUCUGGUGUUUUUGGUUUUAUCCCAACUAACAAAUACCUAUCUACCUCGGAGCCAAAUAUCAAACUAUUUUUCACCUCAAAAUAUUGCUUUAGAGAUGUAUCAAAUCUUUCAAAGUUCAAAUCAUCAUUAAUAAUACUUGAGGAACUCCUAUAGGCCACA